AUGGAGAUCCAUAUGUCUAGAAGAAAGAAUUUGCCUAGAAAGAAAUGCCCUGUAAAUGAGGAUAUUCUGUCGGGGCAAACUGUUCCAGAUAUUUCAUCUACAAAUUGUAGUGAAAGGUCCUUAAAAUGUAAUGUUACAACUGAUGGGCACUUGAACCAGGAUGCAGAUGUAAAGAAAAAAAGUAUGGAUGUUGUUUCGUUUACAUUUACGUCCCCCUUAUCGAGAUCCAUGCCUGACAUAUCUUCCACUAGUCCAGUUGCAGAAAAGAGGGGCAGCAGCUGCUUUUAUACUGAUACUUCUGGUGACAAUGAUAUGCUAUUUUUGAAAAGCUCGGCAUUUCAUUCUUCCGGAUUCAAUAUAAUCGGUUGGGAUGCUCCGAGUACCAUUUUGGAAAAAAAGCUUCAGGAAUUGACAUGUAGAAUUGAGUCAUCCAACUGCAAUAUCAUUAUAGAGGGGGCUUCUGCAAGCCCUACAUCCAGUUCGCAAAACUCCUUGCCCUCAUCUGACAUGGCAACCACAACAUCAACGGCACAUCAUAGAAGACUUCAGGUGGAUCUAGAUAAAGAUACAUCAACAUUUCUUCAUAUAUGCAACAGUUGUUCAGAAGCUAGAAUGAUUUGGAACCAUUUUAUUCAAUCUAAAGAAACUGAAGAGCAAAAUGCUAGCACCAUCAGCACCGAAACUGGCAUAGAAGCAGAUAACCGGCAUCCCGGCCUGCUUUCAACUCUUGAGCCUGUUAUCACAAGCGCAGGCUGCUCAGGUAGCAGAAAUGGUUUCGACAGGUUCUGGUCGGAAGCUGCAAAGGAUGCAUUACAUGGGGGAAAAAAGAUGCAAAACCGGGAUUGGCUGGCGGAGGAGGUGAACAAAGAGAUUUUGGGUUGGAAAAGCAUGGGGGACACAAUGGUGGAUGAUCUUGCAGACAAGGACAUGAGCAUGAAGCAUGGGAGAUGGCUUGAUUUUGACAUGGAAGCACUCGAAGAGGGCGUCGAAAUCGUGAAGAACAUAUUAACCUGUUUAGUUGAUGAAUUAGUUUCUGAUUUCUUGCUUUGA